AAUCCAAUCGGCUAAAACCGGCUACGCGCUACGCCAUCAGCUGCUCCGGCGUACGCAGUGUGUUUUCAUCGUUCUAAAUUUCGCUGGCUCUUAUUCAUCAAUUACAGGCAGCCCGGCAAUGUGACAUGUUCGUGGAGCGUGCUACCGAUUGCGUCGAAUCGUGCUACGUGACGACAUUUUUUCCCCAGUCGUGUCCGGACCUGUCUCCGCGACCGGCGGUGAACACGUGCGACGCCGCCAGACUUCUGUGUCGGGCAACCGACUUUCGAUUUUCACUCUGCGUUCUCGUCCCGUGAGCCUUGGUACUGCUCUUCUUACGUCCGUCGUGUCCAGUGUUUGCAUCGGCGUCCGGGCUUCCUGAGAUGAUCGGAGAUGGAGAACUUUUGCAACACUUCGCUCUGGAACACAACACUUGCUUGGGAUACGGACGUCCCAAACAUCACACCCUGCUUCCGUAGCACCGUCCUAACGUGGGCGCCAUGCUCUCUGACGUGGUUCUUCGCCCUCUUCGAGAUUUCAAAUCUGGCAAAGUGCCGAAGAAAUCCCAAUCCCUGGAGCUGGCUCUACAUCCUUAAGCUGGUCUUUCAAGUGCUCACAUACGUCGUGUGUCUAGCUCAACUUGCAGCAUCAUCCAUUUCUUACUUGCAACAUGAAGCCGACUUGGCCGAAGUUGCAGGGGUUACCAUCAUUCUGUGUACACUUGUACUCAUCACGUCGCUGACGAUAUGCGCGAGGUGGAAAGGUUUGAGGUCUUCCGUGGUCAUUCCACUCUUCUGGCUGCUGCUCGCCUUCUCUACCGGGCUCACCGGGUACUCCGACCUCGUCGAAUACGCCCAGGGCCAGUUGAGCAUCCGGGUGCUGUGCAAUGUCUGCCUCUUCUUAUUGGCACUGGUUCAGCUCGUCUUGUCGAGCCUGUCCGACCGCGUGUCGCCGUAUGGGAGGCUAGGGGGACAAACGUAUUACUGCGUCGUGAAGGAAUGGACGCUGUUUCCAAGGCUGGUGUUUGCUUACAUGUGGAGGAUUGUCAUCCUCGGGUAUCGAAAUCGGCUGGAACUAUCUUCACUGAACCCACUUUGUACAGACUUAAAGUGUUCAACUGUCUCGGCAACAUUCCACAGGACUGCUUUUAAAAAAUCCUUGAGUGUCGGUGUGGACGACGACGGAAACUGUGUGACCGUCAACGGACCGCUCCGUCCCAAACGGAGGUCCCUCUACUCCGUCAUCCUCAAAAUCUGUGGCUGGGAGGUGUUCCUUUCGUCCGUGGUGGAGGUGAUGCAGAUCGUCUUUAGCUUCCUUCCUCCUGUUAUGUUGAGCUUCAUUUUGGAAUACCUCCAGAACAAGGAGUAUGGCUGGCACGGCUAUGUGUACGCCUUAGGAUACGCCGUCUUUCAGUUUUUGAGUGGAGUCAUGGAUGCACACGCUGUAUACUUAAUAGGAAUCGGUGCAUACAAAGUUCAGUCUGCUCUUGUGGCUGCUCUAUACAGAAAGGUCUUCCUGAUUGACAGCCGCUCGAGGCGCCAGUACACAGCCGGCGAGAUCAUGAACCUGAUGUCGGUGGACGUUGAGGAGGUGAGCCAGUUCCUGCUGCUGAGCACCCAGUUCUGGACGGUGCCCCUCCGCAUCAUCAUGACCCUGGCCUUGCUGUGGCAAUACCUGGGGCCCUCGUGCCUCGCCACCGUCGCCGUCAUGGUGCUAGUCUCCGGGGCCACGUCGUUCGUCGCCAUGCUCUCCGACAAGUACCAGACAAAGCAAAUGGGCUUCAAGGAUAUACGACUGCGCCAGAUCAACGAGAUUCUCAACGGCAUCAAGGUGCUGAAGCUGAGUGCAUGGGAGCUGCCUUUCAUGGAGAAAGUGAAGGAAACUCGAACCAAGGAGCUUUCAUUUCUCAAGAGGUUUGCCUUGUUGGAUUCGGUCUUUGGCUUCCUCUGGGGUGUUGCCCCCCAUGUGGCUGCCUUGGCAUCGUUUGCCACUUUCCUGCUGGUGAGCCCGAGCAACCAGCUGACGCCGUCCAUUGCCUUCACCUCUUUCUCGCUCUUUAUGCUCCUCCGAUUCCCCAUGGGCAUUCUGCCGGACGUCAUCUCCAGGUUCAUUAGGUUUGUGGUUUCCCUUGGGAGACUGUCGAAGUUUCUGAACGAGGCUGAACUUGACGAGCACACCGUCGGGAGCAGUCCUUUACCAGGGGACUCUGUGACUUUAAAGCAGGCCACCUUUGCGUGGUCCAAACAGGACUCCCCAGUGCUGAAGGACGUGGACCUAAACGUGGCGAAAGGCAGUCUGGUGGCGGUCGUCGGGUCCGUGGGCUCUGGAAAGUCGUCUCUCCUCUCCGCCAUUCUCGGGAGCCUCGAGAAGAUGUCGGGUUCCGUCGACGUCCAGGGGCAACUGGCGUACGUGCCUCAGCAGUCGUGGAUCCAGAAUGCGACGGUGAAGGGGAACAUCAUUUUCACGAAUGCCGUGGACGAGGAGCGCUACGAGCAAGUGGUGGAUGCCUGCGCCCUCAGGCCGGAUAUUGAGAUGCUUCCUGGAGGGGAGAACACGGAGAUAGGAGAGAAGGGCAUCAACCUGAGCGGUGGUCAGAAGCUGCGGCUGAGCUUGGCACGCGCUGUGUACCAUGACGGCGACGUCUACCUGCUGGACGACCCGUUCAGCGCCGUCGACGUGCACGUCGCCACGCACCUCUUCGAAAACGUCGUGGGGCCGACCGGACUCCUAAAGUCGAAGACGAGGAUUCUUGUGACCCAUUCGGUCACUUUCCUCCCGCAAGUGGACUGGAUCGUGCUGCUUGACAAGGGCGUCAUCAAGGAGCAGGGGACCUACAGCGACCUCCUGGCAAAAAAGGGCAGCGACUUCUCUGCAUUCCUCCAGAAGCACGUCAAGGGGAACUCCAGCAGCGCCAGCCUGGACUCUGCCGACGAGGACGGCAAUGAAAAGCCUGAGGAAGAAACGAAGGAUAAAGGCGAUAAAGACCAGUCCAGGUUGACGGACGAGGAAGCUGUUGGCACUGGCUACGUUGGAUGGCGUGUCUACUACGAGUACCUGAGGAGGAUUGGCUGGAAGUUCCUCCUGCCUUCGAUGCUUGCCAUGUUGAUUUGUUAUGGCAGCGAGUUUGGAUCAAGCGUGUGGCUGAGCAAGUGGUCCACGGACCAGGAUCCGUCGCGGAGGAACGGCUACCUGACUGGCUUUGGCCUGUUCCUGGUGUCGACGAGCAUCUUCAACUUUGUGCUCUGGAUUGUCUUCAUGCUGGGCUGCUUGCGCGCUGCCGCCUCCUUCCACGAGCAACUCCUGCGCUCCGUCAUGCGCUCCCCGCUCUCUUUCUUCGACACCACGCCAAUGGGACGCAUUGUCAACAGGUUCAGCCGCGACAUCGAGUCGAUUGACAAUGACGUGCCCCUGUGCAUGAACAUGACCAUGGGCAACAUCUUGUGGGUGACGCUGCUCUCUGUGCUUGUCUGCAUCCUGUCCGUCUACUUCAUUGCCGUCGUGGCCUUCACCCUCUUCUUCUUUUUGGGCCUAACGGUGAUCUCGCUGCCGUCGUUCCGCCACGUGCACCGCCUGCAGUCGGUCACCCGGUCGCCGGUCUUCACGCACUUCAGCGAGACCAUCUCGGGGGUGACGUCCAUCCGGGCUUUCGGCGUCAGGACGCAGUUCCUGCGCACCCUGGAGUGUCGCGUCGACGACAACAUCAACUGCUGUUAUCACUCCACGGGUCUGGACGGGUGCCGCAUGGUGUUCUCCAACCUUCUUGCGCUGGUGAUGACGUCUGGAGCGGUGCUACUAACCGUGGCGGGGAGGGACGCCCUGAACCCGGGUGUGGUGGGUUUGGUGCUCGCCUACACAUUGCAGGUGUCUGAUGCAGCGUCCUACACAUACAAGAUGUUUGCCCUUCUUGAAACAAGCUUGGUAGCCGUGGAGAGGGUAAAGGAGUACUUGCACCUAACGGAAGAGGCACCGUGGAGGAAUGCGGAGGUUCAGCCUCCGGCGGAAUGGCCCACCCGUGGAGAUGUCACAUAUGCCGACUACAGCGCCUCGUACCGCGAAGACCUCGAAGAUGUGCUGCGCCAUAUCAACUUCACGGCGCACGAUGGACAGAAGAUUGGUCUUGUGGGAAGGACGGGCGCCGGAAAGUCAUCCUUUGCCCUGGCACUCUUCAGGAUAAUUGAACCAAGGACCGGCUCGAUUGUCGUAGACAGCGUGGACAUCACCAAGAUUGGCCUCCAUGACCUCCGCUCGAAGAUGACAAUCAUUCCUCAGGACCCGGUGCUGUUCGCUGGAACGCUACGCUGGAACCUGGACCCUUUUGACGAGCACUCGGACGAGUCUGUCUGGAGGGCUUUGGAGCAGGCUCACCUGAAGGACUUCGUUGGGCGCCAAGAAUUGGGGCUAAAUCACGAAAUCGUCGAAGGAGGAGACAACCUAAGUGCUGGUCAGAGGCAGCUAGUGUGCCUGACGCGAGCUCUGCUGAGGCAAAGCAGGGUUCUUGUUCUGGACGAAGCGACAUCGUCGGUGGACUUGGACACGGACCACCUGGUCAAGGAGACCAUCCGCACCGAAUUCCGCGACACGACAAUCAUCACCAUUGCCCAUCGGCUCCACACCAUCAUGGACUGCGAUAGGAUUCUCGUGUUGUCAGGAGGCGAAAUCGCCGAGGAGGGUUCGCCCAAGGAGUUGCUUCAGAGGGAAGACGGCCUGUUCCGAGCAAUGGCGAAAGAUGCGGGGCUCGCGUAGUAAUUCAUUUUUCACUCGUAUUUGUGUCGGAUGCUUCAUUAGCUCACCCGGGAUGAGAUUAGUAUCUGCUGAGAUGGAGCCGUUUUUGGCACCGGAAAUGCUGGCAUUUCGUCGUGUCGAUAUUAGUUGACAUGCAGUCUUAUCUUUAAUUUAUGUUUGCAUGGUUCUAGUUCUCUCUUUCUUUUGGUUUACGUUUACAGACUGCAUUCAUUUAGCUUUUACGAGAGCGAGGUUCAAAAUAAACCUGCCAUUGUACCACGUG